UCCUCUUCAUUUCCCGGCAUAUUCCCUCUCUGCUUUCACCCGCAACCUGAAAUCCCCCUGCCCUCCCAUGUUCGUGAAAUCUGGGGUUUCCGUUCUGUCUCCGGGAUCCCGUUUCGCUUUCUGAUUCUUCUCUUGUCGACCAGCAGAAUUCGCGUGCGAGUUAUUGGGUCGAUAGUCUGUUCGUCUUGCUGUGGUUUUGUGUCCACAAUUCUCUUUUAUUGUGAGUCAUUUCGGGAUCCCAAUAACAGUGAGGAUGGAGAGCUUUUAUGGUUCUGGAUUUGGAGUAAUAUUGUACGGCUCUAGGAAUUGAAUUGUUGUGGCUUCUUCGUCUUUGGUUUGGGCUGAGGAUCGAGAGGCACUUGCGAUUCUUUUCGGUGCACUUCUGGAUCCACUUGGGCAUUCGAGAGAGCUCGGACUUUGGUGGGACUUUUUAGGUUUUAGGUCAUUUGGAUGAGCUUCAAGGUAUUCGUAUUCCAAUUGGGGAUUCGAUGGCGUGGAUUCUGCUGAUCGACGCGUGGAGGGGCUUUGCUAUUCGGCAUUCGAAUGUGUCGAUCUGUGAGUUUUGAUCACUGAGGCACCGGAAGUUCCGUCUUUCUUUUCUUGUUUUUCGCCGAGGAAUUGGCCUUUUUUCUCAAUUGUGGGUGCGGGUGAUUUCUGUUUUUCUAUGAUCUUGGUGUGCUUUUUUGGUGAAUCGACGAGCUGAAGCUUGGGUCGCUUGGAGGUUUGAUUUCGAGAUUUAAGGUAUUCAAGUUUGAUUUCUAGAAGGAAGCCUGUCCGGAUUACGUUUUCUGGUUUGUGGAGUUGCACUCUGCGCGCUUGGAGUCAUGUUCUACGGGUCUGUUGUAUGGGAUCCUUUGCUAAUUGUAUCUCAGAUUGUGUGCCUUCAAUGCCUCUACUACCUCACCCUCGGGCUGUUCAUGUGGAUCCUAGUUGGAACCCGUGUUUCUCGGUUGACGCUCGUAUAUUUUUUCGACUACUCGACCCUCACCGCCUCGACAAUCACGGGUUGGUGCACAAUGUCGUCGUUUCUACUCACUGCGCUUGCUGGAGCUGGUUACAUGUUUCUUUUAAUUGAGAGGGCAAAGAAAUGCUUGGAUUUUUCAGCAACCCUCUACAUCAUUCAUCUUUUCAUGUGCCUUGUAUAUGGAGGUUGGCCAUCUUCAUUCACAUGGUGGAUUGUGAACGGCACUGGUUUUGCAAUAAUGGCAUUGCUUGGUGAAUGGUUGUGUAUAAGACGUGAAUUACGGGAAAUUCCUAUUACUCGUUUGCGUGUUUGAUAGGCAACAGUUUUUCACGGGGAUGUUGAUCAUCUGGUGACACUGUGACAGCUGCUAUUUUAAAUUCUUUAUGUAUCUUGGAGAACCAUGCUGUAGCUUUGCUUGCCAGCUUAGAUUCUGCUUCCACUGGUUUAAGGGAAGAGUGCAGCUACAAAGCAAAGUAAGAACUGGAGGUUAUCCAGCAUUUUUGUGACAGGUAUUUGGCCUUAUUAAUUUGCAGAUGGACAUAGAUUUUACCAUCCAAUUGUGCUCAUUCAAGCUCUCCUCCCCUUUGUUGUGUCCAGUUUCAAAGGUUUCCUCAAUGAUCUGACAUGAACAGAUGAUAUGAAUAGAAAUUCCAUUCUUUGAUGUUCCUUUUUUAUUUUUAAUUUUAUUGGAGGCAAGGAUUUUUCAUAUGAAAGAAAGGAAAAAAAGAAAAGGAAUCUGGACAGUUACCAAAA